AUGGGAAAUGCCUCGGAAACUUCCUUCAUUUCCAAGAUAUCUAAAGACCACGACUUUCUUUUGGGGGUGAUCUACACAAUCUUCGGCGUGUUCUCUCUGACGGGGAACACCGUCUUGCUGUUGGUGGCCUAUCAGAAGAAGUCGUCUCUCAAACCGGCCGAGUUUUUCAUCGUCAAUCUGUCCAUCAGUGACCUGGGCAUGACCAUCUCUCUCUUCCCUUUCGCUAUUUCCUCCGCUUUCUCUCACAGAUGGCUCUUCACUGAAUCGGUGUGUCUGUGUUAUGCGUUCUGUGGUGUACUCUUUGGCCUGUGCAGUCUCAGUAAUCUGACCGUCCUGUCCUCCGUCUGCUGGUUUAAAGUCUGCUGCCCCAACUACGGGAACAAGUUCUCCUCGUCCCAUGCCGUGUUGCUGGUGGUCGGGGUGUGGUGCUACUCCGCCAUCUUCGCUGUAGGUCCUCUAUCAGGCUGGGGUCAGUACAGUCACGAGCCCUAUGGCACGGCCUGCUGCAUCGACUGGUUCGCUCCUCACGACAGCCUUCUUGCCAUGUCCUACAUCAUCUGCCUGUUCUUCUUCUGCUACAUCGUGCCUUGCACCAUCAUCUUCCUCUCCUACGCCUUCAUCCUGGUGACGGUGCGCGGGUCUCGGCAGGCGAUCCAGCAGCACGUGUCUCCACAGAACAAGAUCAUCAACGCUCAAACCCGCAUCAUCAAGCUCUCCGUGGCUGUAUGCAUAGGCUUCCUGGUAGCAUGGAGUCCGUAUGCUGCCGUAUCCAUGUGGGCGGUCUUUGUGAAUCCGGACGCAGUUCCUCCGAUAGCGUUUGCUACAGCGGCUGUGUUUGCCAAAUCCUCCACCCUUUAUAACCCCCUGAUCUACCUGGGCUUCAAGCCCAACUUCCGCAGGUCCCUUCGCAGACGGACGUUGUGCUCGUGCCUGUGCCGGCCGGAGACGGUGCGGAAAAACGCAGACAAGGAAAACUGCCAUUCCACUCACAACUCCAGUGGACCUCACAAAAGCCACCGAACUUGUAGGUACUGCCUGGACCACACUUCGGGUCACUGCUUGGACAUCAUGCCUCAGAGGACGGUCCGGAUCCUGACCGGCUGCACGCACAGCGAGGUGGCAGUCAGUCAGAUGUCUAAUGAGAUGCAGAGUGACUUCCUUUAGAUCCAUCCAGAAUACUUCCUUUGUGCUGCCGCACACACAGGAAGCAAUACGCCUCAAAUUUACUGCCAAAUAGCAUGCAGAAGAACCUUGGAGGAACCUUGGACAAGAUCUUUGUGCUUGUUGUUCUGUGACUAUUCCAAGGCUCUGGAGAUAUUAAAAUAAACCCAUGAUGCAUGACCGUUCACAUGAAACAGGGCUGAUGAAGAUCAGGUCAACAAGCUGCUGUUUAAAUACUUCCACAUAUUCCUAAAUUGCGUCCAGAACCAGUGAAGGAUCCGUUAUAAAGCAUGACAGAAGAGGUGUUGAAGGAUGUAAUGAAAUCUUCUUUUAACUACAAUUUCUCAAUCAAGCCUCAAAUCAAAGAUCUACAUUUAAUAUUCUUGUGCAAUGUUAAUUUUAAUGUUAAUGAUAUUGUUUACUUCAUGUGAGCCUGAAUGUUACUUAAAUAAUUUACGUCCCAAAACCAAACACAACUACAGUAAAAGUAAAAGAACAUAAGUCUCUACGACUAAUUGCCCCAGUUUGACGAUAAAUCAGGAUGUAAACUUGAUCUUAAUUUAGACUGUUAAUUAAGACUGUUAGUUUCAUCACAGAAAACUAAGGUGCAUCGUAGCUAGUAGUGCAUUAAAGCUACGUUCACAUUAUGCGCUAUUCAGAUUUUUUCCACAGAUCGGAGUUGUCUAUCUUGACGGUUCAUAUUCGUAAGCGCAAGUGAAAGAAACAGGAAAGAAACAAACUAAUUAUGAACUAACACAAAACAGCUGGACACAAUCAGGUGACACACAAAUGAUAGAACAGGAGUGGAGACAGGACCAGGAAGUGAAAACAGAUACGUCAGUAAGAUUCAUAACAUGUUUCCGAUCUAGGAUCACACAUGAAAUUAGCCCAGGCCUGAUUUUGAUUUUUGUUUCCACACAGUUCUGAAAAAAAAAAUCAGAUCUAUGUCACAUUAAGGCCAAAAAUCAGAUUUGUGUCACUUUAACCUGGUAAUGUGAACGUAGCCUAAUUAAUUGUAGAUCAAACACAAUCUAACAGGAUUGCAGCUUCAAGUUAAUUUUUUCUUAAUUAAUCGUAGAUGAAUCAAGAAAAUCUGAAUGUUUAUGAUAAAGUGGUAUUCAAAAUAUACGACUGAUACACACCGAUCAGCCAUAACAUUAAACCCACUGACAGGUGAAGUGAAUAACAUUGAUUAUCUCGUUACAAUGGCACCUGUAAAGGUGAGGGAUUUAUUAGGCAGCAAGUGAACAGUCAGUUCUCAAAGUUGAUGUGUUGAAAGCAGGAAAAAUGGGCAAGCGUAAGGAUCUGAGUGACUUUGACAACAGCCAAAUUGUGAUGUCUAGACGACUGGGUCAGAGCAUCUCCAAAACAGCAGGCCUUGUGGAGUGUUCCCAGUGUGCAGUGGUUAGUACCUACCAAAAGUGGUCCAAGGAAGAACAACCAGUGAACCAGCGACAGGGUCAUGGACUCCCAAGACUCACUGAUGCACAUGGGGAGUGAAGGUCCGUCUGGUCCGAUCCCACAGAAGAGCUACUGUAGCACAAACUGCUGAUAAAGUUAAAGCUGCUCUGAUAGAAAGGAGUCAGAACACACAGUGCAGUGCAGCUUGCUGCGUAUGGAGCUGCGUAGCUGCAGAGCGGUCAGAGAGCCCAUGCUGACCCUGUCCACCACCCAAAGCUCCUACAAUGGACACGUGAGCAUCAGAACUGGACCAUGUGUGGCCUCUUUUCGGGUCAGAGCUGUUUUGGAGGCACAAGCAGGACCUACCCAGUGUUAGGCAGGUGGUUUUAAUGUUAUGGCUGAUCGGUGUACUUCUGUUUCUCUUGCAAAAAACUUAACAAUAGCAACAAAAACACAAAGUUAAUCUACAUCUGAAGAUGCUGAAGGAUGAAGAACAGGUGUUGUGAUGAAAUUAAAAAUAAUUUGUGACGUAUGUUACUUACAGUAUGUCCAGUAAUCAGUACACAGUUUGCAGUCUAGAAACAAAGCUCUCAUUAAAAUAAUUUAAUAAUAAUCACAGUCUAAAAUGUUUCACCAGCAAAUUUACACAAUCUGUUUAAUAAAGUAAGAAAGUAAGAAAGUAAACUUUAUUUAUGUAGCACGUUUUCAAAGCCAAAGGUUCCAAAUGACUUCACGAUAGAUCAAAAAAUAAAUAAAAUAGGAUAAAAGAAUGUGAAAUAUUUAAUAAAAUAUGUCCUUUUUCAUUCAUUGAUGUUAUUAUGUAUUGUUGUGUUUGGCGUUGUUGAUAUUAUUGCAGCUCUAAUAAUAAUAAUAACAAUAAUAAUAAUAAUAAUAAUAAUAAUAAUAAUAAUAAUAAUUGCUAGAAUUACUGUUUUUGUGGGAAUUUUAUUUUAUUUUAUUUUUUUUUAUAAUAUCUUUAAGCUAAGCUGCAAAUCCAAUCAAACUAGCAGCUCAAUGUCACAGAAGAUGUCUAUUUAUAUCUAAUAUUUUUUUUUAUUUUAUUCUUUUAUUUAUUAAUAUGCAAAAUAAGAAAUGCAGCUGCAUUUUAAACUCUGAUGCUGUGAUAUUUUACGAGCCACACUUCACACCAUGCUGCGAUUUUUUUAAAUUUUAUUUCUCAAGAUCAAAUUUCAGCGCGUUCUCAUUAGGAGCACGCUCGCUCUGUUGAUGUUUUAUGAAUUUUACAGUAUGAUAAUGUGACAUGAAUAUAUAAAGAUGGCAAGAUGUUUGUUUUUUUUUUUAAUAAUAAAAAGGUAAAUACUGUAUAUUUGAGCCUGGGGAACAAAUGUGACCAUUUUUUUCUCAAAAAAGUCCACACUGAUGAUCAACCUCCAUCUGAAAUGCAGAGGUUUAAUGAGGAUAUGCAAUGUGUGAAUAAAUAUGUGAAUAAUAACAAGGUUAGUUUUAAAUACAAAAUUUUCAAAUGGCAAAAAAUGCAACUUUUCAGUUUUUCAUUAAUACACAGAUUAUUCUUUCUUUCUAAGCAAUUUUGUAUUGUACUAUUGUAGGCUUUUUUUUUAAAUUUUUUUUGCAUAAACAUGAUUUUAAUUUCUUUUGGCAUGUUUAAAAAAAUCCAAAGGAGAGUGAAAAUAAAAACAUGCAGCAUCUUUUUCUCCUGCAUGUUGAGGUUUGUGGUAUUAACUCAUCACACACUCUGACUCAGGCGAUUUAUUAAUGUGACGUACUCGUGGUCAUUUGCAUGUACGUAUGAUUUUUAUAUGAUUGUUUAUUGCUCUUUAUUUUUCAUUAUAUGAAACUGUGAAUAUACCUCAGAACUUUAUGGUUCUUCUUCUGCAAGAUUUCUGCAAACUCCAGAGCUGGAGAUCUCUGGUUUAUCAGUACAUGUGGAUGUUAAAACUAUUACCUGCUGACUAAAAUGCCUUUUUAAUCAUUAUUAUAAUUUUUUGUUGUCUCACAAACGAAUUUUAACGCAUCAGCUAUGCACUAUUGCCGUAUAAAUGUACUAUACUGCUUGAACAGAGCUCAUCUCAUGUCCUCUUGUUCUACUGUUCUGUUAUCUGUAUCUCCCAUGUGAUAGUGGAGCUGUUAUUACUCUGUAACUACAUCUUAAUUAAUUGUUAUUAGAAUU